AUGCUCUUCUCCUCUCUCAUCCCCACGCGGUGGAGACGCAACUACGACAUCACCGACCCGAACAAACCCGGCUUCUACAAUCAACGAGUCACCCCAUGGCUGCAAGCCGUCUCGAAAAAAGCAUGCACACACCCCGUCUACACCAUUGCAUUCGUGGUGGUGAUUGGCAGCGGAUUCUACGCCAAUCUGCUUGAUACUGGCUUUUUCCAGCCUUCGCCGGCCAGCGCUGCGAAUCAGGUGGACUUUCACUCGCUCGCAGCCGGCAGCAGACAUCUGCAUGCCAGCGCAGAGACAUCAUGGAAAUGGCAAUUGGCGGACACCGGGGUGGUCGACCCUGCAGACCACGACCUGGCGCUGAUCACCCUGGCUUUCCAAGACUCGGUGAGCAGUGGUAUCCCCAAUACCGCACCCUCUGCGCAGACCAUUAUCCUGCCCGCCGGCGGUAGGGCAGAGUCGCUUCCCUCGAGUGCCAACAUUCUGUCUCCGCUUUCCUCGGACUCGACUCUUGCAUUCGCCAUGCCGUAUUCUACAGCUGCGCAAUUCAUCGAGGGCGCGAGAGAGAUUGUGCCCUCGCCCAAAACGAUCAUCUCGGAGCUCGAAGACGGGUCCGACGAUGAGAAGGAGCGAAAGCUGUGGCUCAUCAAGACGGGGAAGAAGUCGGCGAGCAGUGGAGGAAUCUUCCAGUGGUUCAUUGACUCUUGGGCCUCCUUCCUCGAUCUGAUCAAAAACGCAGAAACUCUCGACAUCAUCAUCAUGUCUCUGGGCUACUUCUCCAUGUACCUCACCUUCAUCUCGCUGUUCGUCAGCAUGCGCCGCAUGGGUUCGAAUUUCUGGCUUGGCACUACCGUCAUGUUCUCCUCCGCCUUCGCUUUCUUGUUUGGCAUCGUGGUCACACUUCAACUUGGCGUGCCGGAGAAUGUCGUCCUGCUUUCAGAGGGUGUGCCGUUCUUGGUGGUGACGGUCGGCUUUGAGAAGCCCAUCGUUCUGACUCAAGCCGUCCUGUCGGCUUCUAUUCAAGCCAAAAACAACGGCCAUGCGAAUGGAGACGCCCCUUUCACCAUCCAGAAUGCCGUGCAGACUGCAGUGGCCGAGCGAGGGUUCGAGAUCGUACGAGAUUACGCCAUUGAAAUCCUCAUCCUCUGCGCAGGCGCAGCUUCCGGGAUCCAAGGCGGUCUACGACAAUUUUGCUUCCUUGCCGCCUGGACGCUGUUCUUCGACUGCAUUCUCCUCUUCACCUUCUACACCUCCAUCCUGACAAUCAAGCUUGAAAUCAACCGCAUCAAGCGCCACGUUGCUCUUCGCAAAGCAUUGGAAGAGGAUGGCGUCAGCCGCAGAAUCGCGGAGAAUGUGGCGUCUAGCAGCGAGUGGCCCCGCGACGACACCUUCUCGCGCAGCAGUGAUCGUAGCGUUUUUGGCCAGAAGGUCAAGGACGGGAGCAUCCCCCGCUUCAAAGUGCUCAUGGUCACGGGUUUCAUCUUGAUCAACGUGCUCAACCUCUGCUCUUUGCCCUUCCGAAGCAGCCGGAGCAGCAACCCCAUCACUACUGCCGGCCUCUCCAGUGUCAUUACACAACCACCUAUGGACCCAUUCAAAGUGGCCGGAAAUGGCCUCGACUUCCUUCUUGGGCAGGCCCAGAAGAACAAAAGGGCAGUCAACGUUACCGUCUUUCAUCCCAUCAAGUACGAGCUCCAAUAUCCCUCUGUGCACUACUCACCACGCGAAGAAUCCGACUGGUCGCUUCUGAACGGCGAUUACAAAGACGGUUACGUCUUUUCUGCCGUGGGCGGGCGAGUGGUCGAGAGUCUACUAAAGAGCUUCGAGGAUCCUGUGCUGAGCAAGUGGGUCAUUAUUGCGCUGGCGAUGAGCUUGGUGUUGAACGGGUACUUGUUCAAUGCAGCCAGGUGGAGCAUCAAGGAGCCCGAUCCAGAUCAGUCUCCAUCGUCAAGUCCGGCACCGAGCAGGGAAGCGCUGCCUGGGAACGGCCAUCCUACCGGCCCUUCUUCCAGCGUUGACGGCGCGGAAUCCGGCGCUGAUGCGGAUGGCACCAAACUGCCAAUCGGUUCGACACCAGAAUCCGCCUCACGAACACGCACCCCCGAAGAGUGUGAAGAGAUGCUCAAGGACAAGAAGGCACCUCUUCUCAAGGACUCCGAACUCAUCGACCUUACAUUAAAGGGCAAGAUACCUGGCUACGCAUUGGAGAAGACUUUGGGCGACAAGACCCGCGCCGUGAAAGUGCGGCGAGCAGUCGUUGCCCGAACACCGGCCACUACUGAAUUCUCGUCAACGCUGGAACGAUCGAAGCUGCCCUACGAGCAUUUCGAUUACGAUAGAGUCCACGGCGCUUGUUGUGAGAACGUGAUUGGGUAUCUUCCAUUGCCACUGGGAGUGGCGGGCCCGAUCAUAAUAGACGGCCGCAAGUACUUCCUGCCCAUGGCGACAACGGAAGGCGUGUUGGUAGCAAGCACGAGCAGAGGAGCGAAAGCCAUCAACGCCGGCGGUGGCGCCACCACCGUCCUCAUCGCUGACGGCAUGACGCGGGGUCCUUGCGUCGGCUUCGCUACACUGACCCGAGCAGCAGAGGCCAAGCUUUGGCUGGAUAGCGCCGAAGGACAAAAGACGAUGAAAGACGCCUUCAACUCCACUUCGCGCUUCGCACGCUUGCAAGAGAUCAAGACGGCCAUCGCCGGCACGUACCUGUACGUGCGCUUCAAGACGACAACGGGCGACGCAAUGGGCAUGAACAUGAUUUCCAAGGGCGUGGAGCACGCGUUGAACGUCAUGUCGAAGGAAGCGGGCUUUGAAGACAUGGCCAUCAUCACAGUCUCCGGCAACUACUGCACGGACAAGAAACCCGCCGCGAUCAACUGGAUCGAUGGGAGAGGCAAAGGCGUUGUCGCCGAAGCCAUCAUCCCCGCCGACGUCGUGCGCAAAGACCUCAAGAGCGACGUCAACGCUCUUGUCGAAUUGAACACGGCGAAGAAUUUGAUUGGAAGCGCAAUGGCGGGCAGUAUAGGUGGAUUCAAUGCGCACGCGGCCAACAUCGUCACCGCCAUCUUCCUCGCUACAGGCCAGGAUCCGGCGCAAAACGUCGAGAGCAGCAACUGCAUCACCGUGAUGAAGAACCUCAACGGCGCCCUGCACAUCUCCGUCUCGAUGCCAAGCAUCGAAGUCGGCACCAUAGGCGGCGGCACCGUCCUCGAGCCCCAAGCAGCCAUGCUCGACCUGCUCGGCGUGCGCGGCGCCCACCCCAGCCAACCGGGCGACAACGCGCGCCAGCUCGCGCGCAUCAUCGCCGCCGGCGUCCUGGCGGGCGAACUGUCGCUCUGCUCUGCGCUCGCGGCCGGCCACCUGGUGCAGGCGCACAUGAGUCACAAUCGCAGUGCGGCGCCUAGUCGGGCGGUGAGUCCUGGUCCGCCGUCUGCAGGUAGUGCGGGAGUGAAGAUGCCGGCUGCGUUGGCUAUGACGAAUAUUAAGGAGGGGAAGAGGUAG